UUUCUUCAUCGUUCAAAAGCUUGAACAUUUCAAACCCUAAAGCUCCCAUUUUUCCAAACCAAAUUUCUCUCUCUGAAUACUAAGUUUUUCUUAUUCUCUUUUGUAUCAAUGGCGUUCAAAAAAACGCUAGUUCAUCGCCUUUUCAAUGCAUACAAAACCACUAAUUUUUCCAUUUCCACAUGCCGUAUUAUUCUUUCAUCCUCAUCCAUGGCAUCCAAAUCAUUGACUACUCCUUGUCCUGAUAAUAAAAUCGCCCCAGAUCCCGGAGACAACGGAACUUUCCGGCGAUUCCUCCACCGCUAUCCAUCUCCGGCGACCUCGACGGAUCUCAGAUCACUACCCUCCGGCGAAAAGCUCAUCGAGAAACUGCGUGAAAUGGACACUGAAAGAAACAGGAUCAGGCUCGAUGGACUCCUGCCGCCGGAAAAGUUGAGGCCAGAGGAGACGUCGGAGGGGAAAUUGACGGUGGAAGAUGCAAGGAAGUUGCUGAAAUUAUCACAAUUGGAGAUGGUGAAAUUGAAGCUAAGGAAAAUCGAAAAAAAUUGUAUUUCGUACUCAGAAUUUGUUCAGAUCUGCUGUGAAUCUUGUUCGAAUAGUACUGAUCAAUGCCUAGAAUUCGCGAAGAUUCUAGAUGUUUCUGGAAGUGUGAUUGUUCUAGGAAACGUUGUGUUCCUCAGACCUGAUCAGGUAGUGAAAACCAUACAAGGCCUAUUACCAAUGCCAUUGGCCAACACAAAUGACCCACAAAUGAUGAAGGAGCUCAAGCAAAUGGAGGAGGAAAAAUCAAUCAUUGACAAGAAAGCUGAGUCAUUGGUCCGUAGAGAGUUGUGGUGUGGGCUAGGCUAUUUUGUCAUUCAGACAGCAGCAUUCAUGAGAUUGACAUUCUGGGAACUUUCAUGGGAUGUCAUGGAACCAAUUUGCUUUUAUGUCACAUCCAUUUACUGCAUGGCUGGUUAUGCUUUCUUCCUUAGGACGUCGAAAGAGCCUUCUUUCGAAGGAUUUUUCCAAAGCCGAUUUGCUGCUAAGCAAAAACGACUUAUGAAGCUUAAGAAUUUCGAUCUUCAAAGGUAUAAUGAGCUCAGAAGAGCAUGUUAUCCUAACUCGUAUUCGCCUCCUGGAAAUACCUUAGCCUUUAAUCCUUUAUCCCUUGAUGUAAACAAGACAGAACUUCACCAUUUACCUGAACAUUUUGCUAGGUAGAAUAGUUUAUUUCAUGAAUAGGGAAGAUUAAAACAAUAUUAUGGUUGCAAAAGAAAGAAGAGACAUCAAUUUUGUCUCUGUUUUUUUUUUUUUCCUUCCCUUCUUGGUUUAGUUUUAUUCUCGGACAAAGUUAACUUUAAUUGUCUAUUAGUGACGGCCAAUGUAUAUGUAUGUGAAAGAGUUUAGGAAUGAAAUGGAGUUCCAAUAACAAUAAGAA